AUGCCGUCAAUCGCCGGCGGAGGAGGCUGGCGCCUCUUCUCCGCGGGCAGGGGCAUCUCCUGGCUGCGCCUCCGCCGCCUCCAGCGCCCGCUCCUCUCGUCCCUCGCCAGCGGCAGCGGCGGCGACGCGCCGCAUCUGCCCGUGGUCAUCGUCGGGGCCGGACCCGUCGGGCUCGCCCUCUCCUUCCUCCUCGCCAAAUUCGGCAUCAAAUGCACGGUCCUCGAGAGAAGCAUGGAGUUCACUCGGCAUCCCCGAGCGCAUUUCAUCAACAACCGCACCAUGGAGAUCUUCCGCAAGUUUGACGGCUUGGCCGGGGACAUCGAGAGGGCUCAGCCGCCGGUGGAUCUGUGGAGGAAGUUCGUGUACUGUACCUCGCUCUCCGGAUCCAUUCUUGGUUCGGUUGAUCACAUGAAGCAGGAAGGCAUGUUUAGUUCUUUCCAUGUCGAGUAUUUCAACAAGGUCAUUAGUCCUAUAUCGGUCGCACACUUCUCGCAGUACAAGCUAGUGGAUUUGCUACUCAAGAAACUGGAUGGCGUUGGCUUUCAGACGUGCUUUCCUGAUGAGCUUGGCGGUAGCUCCACUCAAGAUUUGCUGCUGGAAAACAAGAUACUGAUGGGGCACGAGUGUAGUUCCAUUCAGCUGACCAAUGAUGGUAUUUUGGUUGGAGCAUCGUUUAACAAUGGGGGGAGGGUGCAGGAGAGGAAGCUUCACUGUGGCCUUCUUCUAGGGGCAGAUGGCGCUAGGAGCAAAGUGCGUGAGUUGGCUGGUAUAUCUAUGAAAGGUGAAAGGGACUUGCAGAAAUUGGUCAGUGUUCAUUUUGUGAGCAGGGAUCUUGGAAAGUAUUUAUCUAGUGAGAGGCCUGGCAUGCUGUUCUUUAUUUUCAACCCUGAUGCAAUUGGUGUGCUUGUGGCACAUGACCUGGAGCAUGGGGAAUUUGUGUUGCAGGUUCCAUUUUAUCCACCUCAGCAGAUGUUUGAGGAUUUUAGUGCAAAGGUGUGCGAGCAAAUUAUUGUCAAAUUGGUUGGAUGGGAGCCAGCAGAUAUUCAGGUUUUAGACAUAAAACCAUGGGCAAUGCAUGCUGAAGUUGCAGAGAAAUAUGUUGGCUGCGACAAUCGUGUAAUCCUAGUUGGUGAUGCUGCUCACCGCUUUCCUCCUGCUGGUGGUUUUGGAAUGAACACUGGUGUUCAGGAUGCACAUAAUUUGGCUUGGAAAUUGUGUUUACUUCUAAAUGGCAUCGCUGACCCAUCAAUUAUACAAACUUAUGAGUCAGAGCGCAAACCUGUUGCCAUUUUUAACACAGAACUUAGUUUGGAAAACUUCAAGGCAGCAAUGUCUAUUCCUGCUACCCUUGGUCUUGAUCCAACCAUUGCAAACUCAGUGCACAGAGUAAUCAACAGCAGCCUAGGAUCAAUCAUUCCAAGAAAUGUACAGAAGGUGGUUCUGGAAGGAUUAUUUUCCAUUGGUCGGACACAAGUCUCGGACUACAUUUUGAGUGAGAACAAUCCCCUUGGAUCCUUGAGACUAGCAAGAUUGAGAAGUAUUCUUGAUGAAGGAAAAAGUCUACAGCUGCAGUUCCCUGCAGAGGAUCUUGGCUUCCGCUAUGGAAAAGGAGCCCUAGUUGCUGAAGAUUGUGCUGAGAGCACUUAUCAAGCAGAAGAACUGAAGCAUUCUAAGAGGUCAUCAGGAGAGUACAUUCCUUCUGCUAAGGUUGGUUCACGGCUACCACACAUGCUGGUGAGACCACUGUCCGCUUCGAGUGAGGGUGUGUUCUCAACACUGGACCUAGUAAGUGGGGAUAAAAUUGAGUUUGUUAUCAUCAUUGCACCACUGAAAGAGUCAUAUAAGCUUGCCCAGGCUAUGCUGAUGAUAGCAGAUGAAUUCGAGCUAUCAGCCAAAGUUUGUGUCAUGUGGCCACAAGGUUCAAGGGACGUGGAAGCGAAAGGGAGCAUAUCUGAGUUGGCACCCUGGACAAACUAUGUCGAUGUCGAGGAAAUACCAAGGGCAACUGUGAACUCAUCAUGGUGGGAGAUGUGUCAGGUAAAUAACAAAAGUGUUAUUUUGGUUAGGCCUGAUGAGCACAUAGCAUGGAGAGCAGAACCUGACAUGGUGAGAGAUGCUUAUUCAGACGUUAGGAGAGUCUUUUCUCAAAUUUUGAGUUUAAAUAGGCCCCAGGUGUAA